AUGGCUACUGAAGAAGACAAUUUUGACAUUGACAUUUAUGGCGAUGGUGAAGGUGAGGGUGCUGGCCUCGCUACCAACGGUGGUCAUGUCGAUUAUGAAGACGACGAUGAAGAGGUGAAUUUUGAUCUAGGUCAGGACGACCUUGACUUUGCUCCAACCGCGGAUACCAAGGUAAAGAGCGAGCCUCAGCCUCCUCUUAGUCAACCCUCUGAAAACUCCAUGGCGAUUGACAAGAAGGAAAGUCAUUCCCAACCUCGUGUCAAUGGCCAGACUGGCGGUCUUGAUGGUGCACCUCCCCCUUCGACAAUCCCAGCGAAGCCACCUCCAGUGGAAGCACCCCAACAAGGCACGAAACGAAAGGAAACCUCAGAUGACCGACCUCUAGAUGCAGGGGCGACCAGUGCCCUCAUGAUAUCAGACCUCCAUUGGUGGAUCACCGAGGACGAUAUCCGUGGUUGGGCUAACGAUGCAGAUGCCGAGCAGGACCUCAGGGACGUGACAUUCAGUGAACACAAGGUCAACGGGAAGAGCAAAGGACAAGCAUACGUCGAGUUCUCCUCCCCUCAAGCGGCGACGGCGGCAAAGCACAAGAUUGAACAGGCCGGGGGAAUGAACCAAGCCAACCGCAAGCACAACGUUGUGUUUACGAAUCCGAUGCAAAACCCAUUCAAGACGCUUCCCAAGGACGCUCCAGCGCGCGCCCGAGAAGACAGACCCGCUCGAGGUGGAUCGCCUGCAUUCAAUCCCACGACGCACUCUCAGAACAACUAUGGUACCAACAAUCAGGGCUAUCGUGGUGGGAGAGGCGGUGGUUUCAACCGUGGGGGUUACAAUGCUCAUGGGGGCGGACACAACCAAUACAACCGCAACUUUUCGGGCCCAAUGGGUGGAGGUGGCUACAACAAUAACAAUAACAGUGGAGGAUUCCAAGGUAACAUGGGGAUGAACAACAACUAUGGUGGCAGCUUCAACCGAGGGGCGAUGAUGGGCAACUCGAUGAGAGGAGGCACUAUGGGUGGGAUGCGUGGCGGCCGCGGAGGUAUGAACAACAUGAUGCCUCAGAUGGGAGGUGGGAUGGGGAUGGGCAAUAUGGGUAUGAACCCAAUGAUGGCAGGGAUGGGCAUGGGAGGCUUCCAAGGAAAUCACUUCAAUCCAGCCAUGUUCAACAAUGGGGGACCUGGACCCAAUUUUGGCGGCGGGGACUGGAACCAACAUGGAGCCAAGCGGCAGCGACAGGAAUAA